UCUGUCUCUCGAUCCUCUUCACGGUCGCAUAAGGACGUACCACCAUCUCCGUCUCCAGAACCUGCUCGAGUACCUCCUGCAUCCCCCAGCUGCCACUUCUUCAUUCCUGUCUACACUUAAAGUCCAAAGCGGGAGAUAAACAGGCCCUCAGCAACUCAGCAAAGGAGACUAUGAGGAAGUGGGGUGUCAAUUGGAGUAAUCUGCGUAAGGGUACCACGGGGAGCGGUGACGAAAUGCCAGAUCAUGGACCAAUCGACUCUCAGGAAAGACCCGCGAGUACUAGCAGCCUGUCGCAUAAAGCUCGAACGAGCUAUGCGGAGGUCCGAGCGGCUGUAGCGGAGCGACUGAGGGGCGGGGAAGAGCCCAGGCCGUCCUCUGCACCAGAUACCUUGUCUCGUACGCGGACGGUUUCAUCUUCAAUGCUAAGCCCCGCCCAGUCUUCCUCCCGAAGAGACCAUGAACCCGAUAUAUCCGACAAUGUCCUACCUCCUGACGACGCUCCCGAAAACCCAAUACACGUCCAGCCCCAAGCUAAAACGAUGUCCAUCCCGGGGAUACACGCUAGCCACAGGGGAAAUGUGAUGUCGAUGGGAUAUGUAGCUCCACCAGUAUCCCCGCCGCCUGAGAGCAAGAAGAACCCGGUCCUCCGUCUGUGGAAGAGCCCGGUUCUGUCUGGUUCUACGGACAGCUCGGUUGCGAUGUCUCUGCCGGAGGGAAAUAAGAGUGUCGAGUCUCUUGAGCCUGCGCCUCCUCUGAAUAAUGUGCCUAUUCCUCGGCCUCCUCCUCCUGCUCUGCCUCCUCGACCUUCGGUUACACGGCCACCGGUACAGCAUACUAGAGUUGCAUCGGAUCCUUCAGCCCAGUCCGCGUCAGAUAGCCUCAAGUCUAUUGUAGACAAGGAGGAGAAACGGACUGGACGGCCUUCGAUAUCUGACCCGACUCCUCCUCCUCCUCCUCCUCCUCCUCCCAACCCGGAUCCAAACGUCACUGAAACAAUAUCAUUAUCGCAAAUCGAGAUCGCUUCUUCAUGAGAGAGGCUUUUUGACACUAUACACGUCUAUAUCGCUACUGUUCAAUAAUUAUUCCAGCACACAUUUGUAUAUUACGCAUAGUUGGUCGGUCGGUCGUUAUUUUUGCUGUAACAUGGUAUUUCAUGCGCACGAUUGAGUUUCUACGGUGUGAUGCAUAUGGAAUUUUAUUUUCGCAAGGGUGCUUC